CUUCAAAAGAAGACCCUCAAUUAGAUAUUGAAUUCUUAUCUUUAUUUUUUGGCGAACCUUUUCCCAUACCUUACACCCAACCACAUGCUGUUAUCGACGCUACUUUUUCGAUGACGGGGCCGAUGAAAACACGAUAUCAAACGCGAAGAUUGUUAGAGCUUGAAGUUGCAGGCAGGAAACGUCGACACAGGAGAAGACAUGACGAAUCCUUGUUGCCAUCGUCAGAGUCGUUCGGUGCUGUUUCGAGACAGAGCAAAAUAUUUAUAAUGCGAAAAGCGACAAGUAAGCUGAAGACAAAGUACAGAAAGAAAGAUAAAGACUUUAAUCGUAACACAAGAAAGAAAGACAUAAAAAGAAAACUUCAAAUAUGCAAGACUCAGAAGCAUGGAAAAGAUACUGUUGAAAAAAGUACCCAGACAGAUGUGGAUGUGAUUACAACAGCCGAGUGUCAAUCAAUACUCGCCUGUAAUGGUUGUUAUGCCAUGGGAUAUUUCCCAGCAUUCACUGCAGACUGCUGUAACAAGAUACUAUACUGUAAGAACUGUACAAAGAUUUGUCGGAAAUAUUGCCCUUCCUGUUACCAACCUCUUAAAAUUGUUCCAAUGCCAUGGAUUCGUGAAUUUCCAGAACUACUAGCUCAGAAUAAGAGGCGUAUAACACGUGGUAAUUACCCAACCAGUGUAUCAUCGUCAAAAAUGACUCAGACACUGGGUGAAGCUAUUCUCAGAAGUGAUCUACAACGCCUUUUUACUUGUUGUAUAUGCUGGUGUGUUGUUCAGUUACCAGCUGAAGUAUGUCUUGUGUGUAAUAAACUACUGGGCUGCAUUCAAUGCCUGAACCAUUUUCGUUCAGUCUCGCAGUCUGACAGAUGUCCGUAUUGUCAAAUCGUUAUGCAAACACAGAAAUUCCCACUUGUUGCUGGGCUAACAGAGCUGUUGAAGUCUGAUGCAGGUUCUGAUGUGUUACCCACCUGA